CAAAAAAAUUCUUACCGACGACCACAUCUACUCAGUGAAAGAUGCCGCUCCAGCCUUCGUCGUCGGCGAUUCACGUCUACGGCUCACUGAAUUCAUCCACGGCUGUACAAAAUGCGCCGCAGACACCAACGAGUGUUACGAUCCAUCCCGUGGCUCUUUUCUCGAUUCUCGACCAUUACUUGCGACGGACGGACAACCAGAAUCGCGUCCUGGGAACUCUCCUUGGUACGCGUACGGAUACGAGAGUUGAAGUUCGUUCGUCGUUUGCUGUGCUUCACAGCGAGAGCAGCGAACAGAUGGCGGUGGACAUGGACUAUCAUCGGACGAUGUACGACCUACACCACAAAGUGAACUCGAAGGAGGUAAUCGUCGGUUGGUACUCGACGGGCUCGAACCUCAAUACUUUUUCUGCUCUCAUCCAAAACUUCUAUUCGCAAGAAACAACCCCUCAUCAGGCUAUCCAUGUCGUUCUGAAUACUGGUAUAGACGAUGGCGAGCCCGCUGGCAUAAAAGCAUACUUCAGCUCACCAGUGGGCGUAUUCCCGAGACACGAGAAUUGCGUAUUCGUUCCAGUGCCCGUUGAGCUACGGUUUCAUGAUGCCGAGCGGAGCGGACUGAAUCUCUUGACGUCAACUGCAGCCUCCCCCAACUCGACGAGCAACCAGCCCUUGUCCGAUCUAGAAAUCCUUGAGCAAUCCAUCCAGAACGUAUCCGACAUGCUUGACCGCGUGCUGGCAUAUGUGCGUUCGGUACUGGCUGGAGAGACCGAGGGUCAUCCGGCGCUGGGGAGGUAUCUGAUGGAUACCCUGGGCGCUAGUACGGAUAAUCUGGAGAAGGGUGGCUUUAAUGCGAGUCUGCAGGAUACAUUGAUGAUCUCAUAUUUAGCCAACCUGGUACGGGCACAAGCAGAGGUGUCUUCUCUGUUAGCGCUCGUCACAUCUGCUUCAUGACGCUCUUGAUAUGUGGGACCACCAGGCGUUGGCCUAGAAAUUCCACGGCCGCGGUUAUGUCUUGCGCAUAUUGACUUUAUUAUUCAUUGAUCACGUUCUACGAGUAACAGCUGCGUCGAGAUGUCUCAAUGAGCAGACAUUUACCGCUGGUACCCCUACUAACCGAGUCGCAGCUUUACUUUAUUUCACGAUCUGAAGAGCACCAGCGGCCAUAACGGGUUUUUUUAUUCUUUUCUAGCCAUCCUCGCCUCAUUCUCUUGCACUAUCUCACCGUUGAUUAAUUCGUCACCUACCCGUACAAGUACCAUGGUUUCUGUGAAUGACACUCGGGAAUGGGAACACCCUAUUUAGCUC